AUGGGGCAAUAUUUUGAGUAUCGCCAGCAAUGGAACAUUGUUAACUACGUUCAAUUAUUCGUAUUCAGUGUCUCUUUGGUAUUGACAAUGGUGUUGAUGGGAGCCAGAAAAACGCAACUCACAUAUUAUAAAGGGAAUACUAAGGUCGCGUUCAUCCUUGUUUACGAGAUUUUGCAAGUUGCUGGUGCUAUUCUUGGCUUGGUAUUCAUGCAUUUGAGUAAAUUCAAUUCUACGAUUUACAUCAUUUGCUACGUCUUUGAUUCUGCUGCCAUUGGAUUUUUGAUUCAAGUUGUUUACAGUGGCUUUGAAAUGAUUCACGCCAUAUCAGGAUCCGACCUCAAAAUUUCUGCAGAAAGUAGACUCUUAUCCACGCUACUUCUCGCAGGAAUGGCCACUUACACAGCAGGCUCUUCAAUUUUAUCUAACGGUAAUGCCGACACCUCUUACUUAUUGAUGAAAAUCGGAGGUUUUUUGUUUUUGGCAGUGACAGUACUCAUCUUUUUGAGUCUCGUUCGGCUUAAAACCCAAAGUUCUAAUGCAUCUGUGUUGUUGUUCCUCACGAUUGUUUUCGUAAUUGUUCAGAUCAUCUAUUCCUUAAUUGUCUCAUUCCACAAGGCGAUGAUUUCCACAGACCAGUCGACCAAAUUCAUUUCCAAAGACGUUGAGAACAAUCCCAAAUAUUUGUUGUACUUUGGCGAUUAUAAGUACUAUCUUUUCAUGUCAUUGAUGAUGUCCAUAUGUUCUACUUUCACCUUGGUAUUUUCCUUUUUCGCGAUGACGAAUUUUGAAGUCCCAGCAAAAGAAGACGAACUUUCGAUGGCCUCUCAAGCUGUCUAG